AUGGUCAAUGUGACAAACUGCGGGAAGCUCAGGGAGUAAGAAUUUGGAACUGGCUUUCUUUAAAUUUAAAACAAGCAAUAGUAAGAACCAUCAGAAAUCUGGAAGCAUAAUGAAAUGAGGCAGCCGCCUUCUCUCCGUUUACAGAAAAAGGAUGACAUGUGCUAAGUUAUUUAGAUUGGUCCAGAUUUUAUAUUCUUUUGGAGUAUUUUUCUUUGUUUAAUAGUGUCCAUCUAAUGUGAGAAAGCUCAUGUCCUUAUGAAUGUUGUCCUUGUUAGUUUUUAUUAUCUUCUAAACAGUAACCUGUUUGUGCUUUCCUAUAACACUGAGCUUUUUCAUAUAACACUGAUAUCUAAUAACCACAGAAAGCUUUAAUGCCUAAAAAGAGUUUGAUUUAAACGGAUUCUUGUUGCUGAGAAGGCUAUCUGAUAACUGCAGAAACCUAUAACCACUAGAGAUGAGCUUUGCUGUCACAUGGCUGGAUUCUUCUUGCUAGAUAUAGUUGGAAGCUUUACGUUGUUUCUUUUUUGUAUGUGCACAUUUUGGAGAAUAUUUGCUCUUCAUUACUUGCAUAGUAAAAUUGACAGCACUAUCUUAUACAUACUCUACUCAGAAGCAGUUCCGUUGCAUUCACUAGAGCUUACUCCCAGGUAAGUGUGCUUCUAAACAGCCUGAUCUAAAUAAGAAUAUUUUAGGGGCGGCUUCCAGGUCUGUUCUGACUUAACAGAGGCAGCCUCCAAGACAGUGGGAGAUUGUUGGCGAAGGAAAAACAAGGAUGCUUGAGAGUAAUUAUCCUUGCAAAUUCACCACCGGGAAAGGAAAAGAUCUAUGAUGGAGACUUAGAGUUGACUCAUCCCCAUCCUUUAUUAUUUAUGAAGUGAAUAAAAUUAUUACGAAUGUAAUUGAAAUUAAUAAGAAAUAAAUAAAAUCAUCAAACCAUCAAAUCUAGCAUGCGGGGGGGGGGCACUUUAGCUAAAUUAUAUAAUUCGGUAUUUGAACUAUUGGUAUUAAUAAUUGCAUUAUAAAUUGGUUUUUUUAAAAAUGAGGCUAUUAAUGGACUGUAAUUGAAAACUAAUAACAAUAUUAUAUAAAAAGAAUUUCUUUUGGUGGUAGUGAUGAAGUUUGCACAUACACUAAUUUUUGGGAGGGGAACCAAAAAAGUCACAUGAUUUGGAAGUAGAAGACAGGAGAAGAGCUUCCUUCUAAUUGCCAUAACCUCUAGAAACCAGACUCUUCCGAGGCAUUUUGACUUGAGACUAUGUGUGUCCUACUUUAUUUAAUGGGACUUAGAAGAACAUGUGCAUAGAAUUAGAGAUCAAGGGCUACCUAUGGUUAGAGACAGAUGAGUGGUCUUGCUAACAGAAGUUUCUUCUUUACUUAAGUUAUAAGAAUGCUGGAGUUGGCCUCAUCACAGUCAGGGUGUUAUGGGAAGAUGAAUGGACCAGAGAAACCAAAUGUUCUUGGACCAAGCUGAUUGGGGGGGGGCAUUGUUAGACCACCAAGUACAAUUGCAUUGUUAUUCUUUUGAAGUGGUUAUUACUAGAGGCAAGCCGUGCAAAACCAGCCAACUUGCCCAUGAUCUGAAUUCAGCUGAAACAGCUCUUUUGAUUUCCCACUUUUUAAUUUCUUUUUUGUUUGGAAUUACUCUAUUAUUUCUGCCAAAAAAUUACCAUAUGAUGAUUAUGUAGUGCAUGUCCCAUGUGAAACUAGAUAUCUGGUGUGUGUGUGUGUGUGUGUGUGUGUGUUAUAUUAUCCCACUCCUAUUUAAUGUAUAUAUGUGUAGAUAUUUGCAUGUCAGUCCAUGAAUGUUAGGUCUCUGGAAAAAUCGAGGCCCUCUUUACCCUCAGCCGUUCAGUCAGGGAAAAUAAAAAGUACCAUUCCAUCAGGAUUGAUCCCCAAAUGCUACCACCACAAACUUGUGCUUUCACUUGGAAUGUGUACAAUUUCAUUCCAAUUAACAGACCACAAGUACUAGACUUGUUCUGUGAAUUACAUUAGGUAUAGUUACAGUAGUGGUACGCUCACGAUUGCUGUAUGGCAUUGAGUAUUUGAAUUCUUUCCCCUCAGCCCUUGUACAAAACCCUAACCAGCACAUGGAAGGUGUUUGUUUGUUUGUUUGCUUGCUUGCUUGCUUCUUGCUUCCUUGUUUAUUAGUACAUUUAUACCCCACCUUCCCUCCAUUGAGCUCAAGGUGGCCUGCAUACUUCUCCUCCUCAUUUUCUCUUCACAACAACCCUGUGAGGUAGGUUAGGCUGAGAUUGAGUGACUGGCCCAAGCUCACCCAGUGAGUUUCAUGGAUGAGUGGGGAUUCAAACCCUGGUCCCCCAGGUCCCAGUCCAGCACUCUAAACACUACACCACACUGGCUCUCAACUGCACAUGCUUGAUCAGGCUAUUUCAUGCUUGGUACUCAACAUUUUACAUUGCAGCAGAGGCUGCAGCAGCAGCAGAGUAUGUUUGCCUGUCCAAAUAUGGUGGUGGUGGUGGUGGUGAUGCAGCCCAUCUGGCAGGGUUGCCCCAGUCACUUGAGGCAGCUUCCAACAAAUUAAAACACAGUAAGACAUCAAACGUUUUAAACUUCCCUAUACAGGGCUGCUUUCAGAUGUCUUUGGAAAAUCAGAUAGUUGUUUAUUUCCUUGGUUAUGGUUCUAGCACAAAUAAUACGACAUGGCUCCUCUUUGUAGCAGUCCGUAUAUUAGCAAAGCUCCAUCAAUUCUGGUUGAUGCUCUCUAUAUAAAACCAAUCAGACACCAAAUUGAACAGUCUCAGCUGCCCCUGGGUCUCCUCUCCGGAUUUUCCUAUGGUGAGACAAUUCCUAAGGGUUCAGAGUUCAGAAUGGUGAGAGUCUGAACCCACAGUCUCUUGGGAACUAUGCAAAGUAUUCUCACUGUUGCAAGCAAGUUAUGCAUUAUUUUUAUCACAUACAUUUCAUUUUAUCCCUGUACUUUGCCCUUGGGAAUGUCAGUACGCGGUUGGAAGGAAUCAGAAACAUACCAGCAUAGGCAAUCAUUCCUCUCCCAGCUCCUUUCUCUUUGGCCUGUAGGUUGAUUUCACAUACCCUCCUCUGCUGUCCUUGUCUCCUUUGUGCCAUCACGACGCUUGAAAGAAAUAGAACGGAUGAGCAGUUACAUGCGCAGUGGGGGUCAAGAACAGACCAAAAGAUCUCAUCAGAGAAUCAAAACACACACAAAAAGAAAAAGCAGUACGUAAAUUGAUUUCCCCUCCUUUUCAAAGGAGACUUUAAAAAAUAAAAAGCCCCGAUAUUUAAAUACUGAAUAUUUAAAUAUUUAAAUCUACUGAAAAACAAAACUGCUCAAAAAUGUGUUUGAUUAAUUUGCUCCCAUAAAAAUUAAAAAAUUCAGCCCCUCGCAUUUCUGUCAGUAGACAAACUGUUGUUUCCCCUUUCUAGCUAAUUUGUAUGGAGGUUAGAAUGUGGACAUAUUGUCACAUGUCAGUAAGAAACAUCUGUCCAUUUGUCUACUAGACCAGGUAUGGGAGAAAGGAAGACCAGGAUCUGUUGGUAGAUUACUGGAUAAUUUGCAAUGUAAGGAUUUCCUGUCUCCCAGUCACAAGUUACAAUACUUUACCUACCCCAACCUAAAUUAGGUACCGUAGUUAGAAUCCCUGAUCUGUAGUUAACUAGAUUUGUGCUUACGUAUAUACAGGCCAUUGCACUCAUAGGUAAUUUACCUGGCCUCUUGAGCCACUGUUUUGCACCCAAACCAUGAGCUCCAAUUGAUGAAUCUUGAGGUUCUAGUAAAAAUAAUAAUAAACACCAUUGAUUCAGCUGCAAGCCAGCGAACACAUGGUGCCUUAAAAACUCACACAGAAGUUAUGGCAGAAGCUUUUGUGAACUAAAGCCCACUGUGAUGCAUGGAGUGUUAUCUGCAGUUAGAUAUUCUCUCUCACACACACAUACAUACACACAUGUACAUGAAAAGAGACUAGAAGGGGGUAGAGUAAAAAGUGGAGCGAAGCACCGUGGAAUUCAAGAAAUACAGCUUGUGAUGCAUCUGUGCAAAAUUCAGAUGUUCCACGUAAUGCUGAGAAAGCUGUAUGAUGUCCUUAUUUAGACCAGUACCAUGCUAAGUUUUUGCUAUGAGGCAUUUAAUCAUGUUGUUCCCUGUCAUUUUUUACCCUGCGUCUCCUUAAAUGCACAGAUAAAAGCAAUCUCCCUUUUACUGACUGCACCACAAUACAGCCUGAAAAAUGAAGCUGUAGUCUUCUCUUUCCACCGCACUCAAACUAUGUCAAUACAGUAUUUCUUAAUCUUCCUAGGUUCAUCCGUAUUAUUUGGCUGUCCUCGCUGGUGUAUCCAACACCUCCCAAUUUAGUACCAGACGUAAGAUUUACAUGCUUUGUUACAUGCCAGUUCAGUCAGCUUUGAACUCACUGAUAAAGAUACGAAGUAAAACGCCCAUCUGCGCAGCAGCGUUCAGCACACUCACACCCAAGAGGCCAGUCUCUGAGCCAAAAUGGGUGACUGGAGCUUUUUAGGAGAAUUCCUCGAGGAAGUCCACAAGCAUUCCACAGUGGUGGGGAAAGUCUGGCUGACCGUUCUCUUUAUCUUUCGGAUGCUUGUCCUGGGCACAGCCGCAGAGUCUUCAUGGGGAGAUGAACAGUCCGACUUCAUGUGUGACACCCGGCAACCGGGUUGUGAGAACGUCUGCUAUGACAAAGCUUUCCCCAUCUCCCACAUCAGGUACUGGGUCCUUCAGAUCAUCUUUGUUUCCACCCCUUCCCUGCUGUACAUGGGACAUGCAAUGCACACCGUGCGCAUGGAGGAAAAGAGGAAGCUAAAGGAGGCCAAAGAAGCGUCAGCAGCAAUUCAGAGCAAGGGAGAUUCUUUCCACCAGCAGGAGUACCAACCACCUGAGAAGGCGGAGCUGUCCUGCUGGGAUGAGCCAAGUGGAAGGAUCAUUCUUCAAGGCACUUUGUUGAACACCUACGUCUGCAGCAUUUUAAUCCGUACCACCAUGGAGGUAGCAUUCAUCAUUGGGCAGUAUAUGCUGUAUGGAAUCUUCCUUGAGACGCUCUAUAUCUGUCAACGGAAGCCCUGCCCCCACCCAGUCAACUGCUACGUCUCUCGGCCGACUGAGAAGAACAUCUUUAUCAUUUUCAUGCUGGCCGUAGCAGCAGUCUCCCUGUUCUUAAGCCUGGCUGAACUAUAUCACUUGGGAUGGAAGAAAGCCAAGCAGAAGUUCUCCUAUUCUUACAAACGCAGCCCCAGCCUAGUCGCCGGCAAACUGGAAACAGACCCCCAAGCGAAGAUGACCCAGAGCUGUACCCCUCCUCCAGAUUUUAAUCAGUGUUUAGCCAACCCUGGUGGAAAAUUUAUCAGUCCCUUCAGCAACAAAAUGGCCUCUCAGCAGAACACUGCCAAUUUUGCAACGGAGAGGGUUCACAACCAAGACGACGCAGACAGGGAAGCUCCAUUUAUCCAAGUUAACUAUUCUCAGACUUCUGAGGUCGCCAAUAGCACCACACCCACAAUGGUUCCAAAUGGCUACUUCCACGACAAACGUAGGCUCAGCAAAACCAGCCGCGCCAGCAGUAAGGCUCGCUCUGAUGACCUCUCUGUGUGAAUUGUCUCUGAUGACCUGUGGGGGCAACAGGAAGGGAAGACUCUCUGAUGUGAGAAAAACUUGCAGUGUAGAUUUUGAAACCCUGACAGUCUGGGAUCCAAUCAGCCAGUUCAGCUCAUUAAGUGAAUGGCCUGGCAUAUUGCAAAAACUUUAUUUCAAAGCUUAUUUGAUUAUUUGAGUUUGUUGACAUACAGUCAGAAAGGAGAUCUAUUUCAAAACAAAUACUAAAAUAAGCUUUGGUUACUAGAGAAAGGACGGAAGCUGAUGUAUACUUUGAGUGGAUAUCACUCUACACUUAAACCAGUAUAAUCAUUCUGAUUUUUCCAAAGAAUGCAGGAGUGAUAAUAAUAAAAACAAUAAUUUUAUUAUUUAUACCCCGCCCAUCUGGCUGGGUUUCCCCAGCCACUCUGGGCGGCUCCCAACAAAACACUAAAAACAGAAUAAAACUUUAAACAGGGCUGCCUUCAGAUGUCUUCUAAAAGUCAGAUAGUUGUUUAUUUCCUUGACAUCUGAUGGGAGGGCGUUCCACAGGGCGGGCGCCACUACCGAGAAGGUGACAUCUUUAGUGGAAGUCCCAAGCUCUUUCAUAAACCCCUAUAUCACUAUAAAUCCCUGGAUUUUUUGAUUGGAUUUAUGAUCAUUUCAAUUUGCAGUGGCUUCAGUUGCUAUUUUGGACAAAUCGUUAAACUAGCAGACCUCUGCUACUUAAUAGGGAGGUGCCAUUGAUUGUGACAUCCAUUUCUCUCCUCUCAAAUAAAACAGAGACACUGACUUGCUGAGCUAAACCUUGACUUCCCAGAUGAGGCUGGUUUCUUAUAUGCAGCACUGACCUGAUGACUAUGAGCUUCUGUUCCUCCACUUCUCCACUUCUCUUCUAGCAUCAUUUUCAGACAUUUUGCAAGCACGCCAUGGGGCAGCUUCCCUUUUCCUGGAAAAGUGACAAAUAAAGUGGUCUUUCCUUCUCAUCUUUCCACUGGACCCCCACAUACUAUUCCAGCUUGCCCUACUUAUGCCAAGUAAAUGUGCAAUGAAUUCUACUUGAAUUUUUGAUAUGUCUGUAUAUAACUACUUUCGAAUUUGAAUAGCCUCCUAGAUAAAGACUAGUAGCUCUGUAUGGCAGUAACUGAAUAGACUUAUUAGAGUUGUUUCAACAGAAAUAUUUACUCAAUGGAAACAAUAUUUCCCAUGGAAAAUAAUACUUCAAUGAGAAACAUGAAGAAAUAAUGCUUUAUUUCUAAUAAUGAGAAAUAAUACUUUAAUGAGGAGCAACCCGGUGUGGGGAAGCACAUUCAUAUUUUGUAGUUUUAAAAAUUUUGUACUCUUUUUAAUCCAUUCUUAAUUUUAAAUUUAGCGGUGAUGUGUGUGUUUGUUUGUUUUUUAAAAAAAUGAUCAGGCAAGAUUACACCAUAGCUGCCAAGUUUUCACUUUUCUCGCGAGGAAGCCUAUUCAGCAUAAGGGAAAAUCCCUGUAAAAAAGGGAUAACUUGGCAGCUAUGGAUUACACUCGGGAUCAAAAGUAGAGAAUGCAAGGGUUAAGAGGACCAUUCUAACUAGAAUGGCCUCUUGUAUGCACAAAGGAGAGGAAAUAUUUCACCAAGAAACAGGAGCCAAGGGGAUGUGAAUUCGCGUAAAAUUUGUGUACGUUAAUUUAUAGAAAGAUGCAAAUUUAGAACGGAUUCCUUUAAUUGGGAGUAGUACACUUUGGGUUCAUCCACACUUCUGAUUGUCCCAUGCCUAGGAAGCACAGGUCCAAGAGGUUUUCUCAUGCUAUCUAGACACUGGUCCAAGCAAUUUUCCAUUUGCCCUGCCACCUUCCUUGAGAAAAACCCGCUCUUCACCACUGAAUUGGAGCAAACGUCAAUCUGCAGAAAACCCAAUUGAUGUUUGCUCCAAUUCAGUGGUAAAGAGUGGGUUUCCUUGGGGAAAAGUGGCAGGACAAACAGAAGUGUGGACCAGAGCUACAUCUCACCUUAGUGGGGAAGUCUGUGUGCCUGCUCGGUCUUCUGUUCAAAUGUUAACUAUCACAGCUACCUUCAAGGCGACUGCUCUUCCUUCUUUUAGUUUUUUAGCUUUAAACUGGACUUGGAUCCAGUGGUGGUGGUGGUGGGUCAACAUUGAAAAUGGUAGGGUGGAAGGCAGGGAGCCCCUCAGUAGGUGGAGCCAGAGCCAAGGACAGGCAGGGUCAACUAAUUCUAGUAUUGUCCCCAUGCUCCUCCCUGCUGAGUUAUACAAGGGCAACACUGAGCCUAAGAAGGAGGAAGCUGACAGGAAGGAUCGCCCCCUGGACAGGAUAUAUGAAGGCUACGCCCAUUUGCCCUAAUGAACCAACCUCCACUGCUUGGACCAGACAGCCCUUCAAACAGAAGGUUGUCCUCUGGCAGACCUUCACACAGAUGCCACCAGAAUUUCAACAUCAUUUCUAGAGAGCUCUAAACCAUUUCUGUACUCAGUUAGCUGAGCAGGGAGCACUGGCAGAAGCAGAUGAGAACUAGGAAAGCCACAUAGUUUUGGCAGCUGGAGAAGGAGGGCAAGGGAAUCGUAAGGCACCCAUCUUACAGGUGCAGCGGUCAGGAAUCGGACCCAAGCAAUUUCUAGAGCCUCUAGCACUGAUGAAAAUCUAAUCAGAGCUACAGGAAAUUAACUUCUCAUGAGUUAAUUAGAAUGAUAUGUUUCCUUAUAGCUUCUCCUGGGUUUCCUGGAGUGGUUGGGUCUGGUCUUCAUGCUCCAUGUGUGACCAGGACCAGUUUGAUACACUUGGGACGCCAAAGGCCCCCGAGGAGCCUCACAAGACCUGUAACAUGAUUCACUCAUGCAAAACCUUCACUGUCUUGCAAGUUCACAUCAACUUUGCCAUCACGUGACCUCUUAAGAGUGGGAAUAUUAUCUAGUGACGGAGUGUCAAGCAUGGUGACACUUACCGUAUUCUUAAAAUAAAAAAAUUCCUUCAGUAGCACCUUAAAGACCAACUAAGUUUUUAUUUUGGUAUGAGCUUUCGUGUGCAUGCACACUUCUUC